AAAUGCGCUUCUUUCUUUUCCUGGACGAGCUUGGACGAGAAGAAGCACUAAAAGUGAAAGUAAAAACUAAGCAGAAAAGCCUUUCGAAAUGGACAAAAAGCACAGAGAGCUGCUCAGAAAGAACAGACUUGCGCUAGUUCAAGAUCUAGAGGCCGCACAACUAUUAAAUUAUCUAUUUCAGGAAAACUGUUUAUCGGAGAAUGAUGUCGACAGCAUCAAGGUACAGGCGACUCCGAGGGCCAAAGCAGAAAAACUACUGGAUAUUCUACCUCGCCGCGGACCACAAUCGUUCGAUGUGUUUUGUCGUGCGUUAGCUAAUACUGACGGCCAAGGCCACCUGGUGGAUUUAUUGAGAACGAAUGAAUCAAUUGCUUCAGGAGCAAUUUCAAGCACCACUACUGAAAACAUAGGCAAGAUCUCGUCGGAGAUGAAUGAUGGUAACAGCAGUCCUUUUCCUUCCCAUCAAGUGAAAGUAGUAAAACCAAAUGUUUCCUUUUCCUCGCAAGUGAAAAAGAAUGUCUCAGGCAGUACUGAUGAGGAUUUUGUGUACUCCAUGAAAUGCAAACCUCAUGGUUGGUGUUUAAUUGUGAACAAUGUAGACUUUGAGCAUCUUAACAGAAGAGGUGGUUCUGACCUAGAUGCCCAAAAGCUUGAAGAACUGUUUACACAACUGCAGUACAAGGUGAAAAUGUUUAGAAAUCAAACCUCAAAACAGCUCAAGGAAACUCUCCUCCAGUUUGCUAAAUUAGAUGAUCACAGAGUGGCUGAUUCUAUGGUCGUCUGUCUUCUGAGUCAUGGCUUGGAAGGGCAAAUUUAUGGCAUCGAUGGAGUUCUUGUGUCAAUACCCGAUCUGCUUGCGCUUUUCAAUGGGUACAUGGCUAAAGACCUAGUGGGCAAACCAAAGUUGUUCUUCAUACAAGCAUGUCGUGGAAGUGAUUUUGAUCAUGGUGCAGACAUGACAGAUGGUGCCCAUAUUCCCGGAGACCUCCAUGUAAAGCAAUCCACUGAACAGCUUCUUAAUGCAGCCUUUCCAACAGACAAGGUUGAGACAUUUGUCGAACCAGAAACACUUCCUGCUGAAGCCGACACGUUGGUUGCAUACUCCACCGUACCUGGAUAUGUGUCAUGGAGUAAUCUGCAGAAAGGCUCAUGGUUUGUCCAAGCCAUAGUUGAUGUUUUCAGUGCUUAUGCUCAUGAAGAAGAUGUUGUCAGUAUGUUAGUUCGAGUUAAUGGUAAAGUUGCAAGAGAGUUUGAGUCAUUUAAUAGAAAGAAGCAGAUUCCUGCUCCUGUAAUAAUGUUAACUAAGAAAGUUUUCUUCUUUCCUUCCUAACUAAUGUGGAAUUCAAAACUACCGUGAGAAUAGAAAACUGUUGGUGAUGUGCUAACUAACACAGUCAAAAAUACUCAGCGAGUUUUGACCAAGAGCAAAUUGACGAAUUAUUUGUUGCAUGUGAUUUCAUUGCUUGUGUCAAUAGUAUGCCUCUUAAAUUAAGAGUUGAAAUUCAAAACCUGACACAAUCCAAUCAUCAUAGACUUCUUUUAUCAGUAAUGCAAUAUAGGGGGCGUGGCCAACCUAUAUUUUCAUAGCCUAGGAAUUUUUAUCAACCCCAUUUUAAAUUUGCUAUAGCAGCCUUAAGUUUGCAGAUGAGUCAGACCACAUUUUUUUUUUCAGUAUCUUAAUGUUAUAUAUCUUGCAACUACUCAGAACUGUAACUCAGGCCCUGCCACAAUAACAUUAAUGCUCAUCAGGAAAGCAAAAACCUCUAGGCUAGGUAAGUGACAGGCAAAUGCUCAGUGGUAUAUGUGCUGUCAAAGACAAGUAGGCCUUUACACAUUCUGCUCGAAAAAAGACUAUUCUGCUGUAAAGAAUUGCCCCCAAAAAGACUAUUCUGUUCGAAAUUAGGCUCCAGAAGUACUAUUAUGCUCAAAUUAUGCUUUGUAAAAAUCAAUAUUCCUGGGUUCAAAAUAUUCAAACAUGAAAAAUAAGAUAUUAUUUCACCCAUCAUAUCUAGGGGGAGGCUAAACCAACAUAUGCACAUUUUUUAUUAAAUCCUUAAAACUAAUAUGGGUAAUAACUUGUCUUUGACAAGUGCAUCCAUUUAAUUGCAAGGAGUCAAAAUUAGAACAUUCUGGUGAUUGAAGAGCAAAGAGUUUAAGAAAUGUUAGGGUGAUGUCAGAAUACACAUAAAAUCACAAGAAGGAGAAGGAGAAAGCAUUUUUGAAGGUGUUUACCUGAAAAUUUUCCAGGGAACAUAUUUUAAAAGUGAUGUCAACAAUAAUAAGCUUGACAAGUGAUUUGAUAGUUGUCGUAUUUGGACAAGAAAUAUUGUUGAAAUGUUCAUUUCCGACCAAAUGAAUGUUCACAUGCCUUGAUUGUGGCAUCAAACACUGAUCUUCCAAUAUGCUGCUGUGGUGUAACAAAGUGCAUUAAAAAGUGAUAUUAUGCUGUGGAAAUAUAUUAACAUAUUAAAAGCUUUUACCCAUGUUUCAAA